AUGACGUGUCGGCGGUGGAACGACGUGACGCGCAAUGUGCCUGCGCUGCGCCUGGAAUCGAGUGGCGGUGGCGUGGCAGCUAACCAGGCGCCGUACUUGACGUUUGAGUGCCAGGCCUCGCGAAUGAUCCUCCGCACGCAAGCCCUGCGCCAGCUCACCAUCGUCUCGCCUCUAGCACCGCCUUCAAACCACGGAGGGCCGUCUUACCCCAGCCAGACGGCGUCAAGCGGAUGUCACGGAACCUCUAGCGGCGGAGGUCCUAUGAUGACUCCCAGUGGACGUUCCGCUCCUCCAAGCCGCGGACCUUCCACUUUCUGCAGACGUCCCUCUUACUCCACCGAGUCGGCGGAACUCCCCUCCUCCGCAAAUUGCGCCUGCUGCAGCCAGCAUUAUUGCGCCAGCCAGGCUUCUGCGCCAUUUGGGGGAGUCCCCCCGCCCCGCCAUCCGCGGGAGUUCAUUUUUGAAGCGUGGAUGCGCCACGUCGGGCCGUCUCUGCACUCUCUCACCCUCUCACGCGCACUUCCUGCCACGAAUUCCGCGAAGCGCCCUUGCGGCAACGGCACCAGCGGCGGGAGCGUGGUGGUAAACCUGUGGGAGGAGGAGGACGCAAGUCUGCAUCUCGCGCACAUUUCUCGCCACUGCACCAACCUGCAUUCGCUCUCAUUGGGCCACGUGUCUCUCUCCGCUCCUACCCUGCUCGCCACUCUCCAGCCCAUGCCGGCCCUACACCACCUCUCGCUCUCGUGGCUCCACGCGUCUCCCGCCGCCCUUCACGCCGUGCUUGACGCCGCGCCGAACCUCCGCCACCUCACGAUAUUCAUGGCGUCAGGUUUCCCGUACCUGAAACUACGCGUUCCUCCGUCCCUCCAGCACCUCUCGCUCUCCUACAUCCGCGCGGAAUCCGUCUUGCUUCACUCCGCGCGCUCCCUCCAAUUUCUCUCUGUCCGCGACAUGUUUCUCAGCGCGCUCUGCAUCCACGAUGCGCCCAACCUGCGCCAACUCGCCGUCGCUUCCGCCAACCGCCUGCUCGUCUCCGCGCCUCGCUCCAGCCGGCUCGCGUCGAUCGACCUCCGCGCGGGCUCGCUCAACUGGCCCGCCACCGAAACCCUAAUUUCAGCCAAUUCGGCUGCGCUCGAGUCGCUCUCCCUCGAUUUUUUUGCCACCAGCUCGGGCCUGCCCUCGGGGGAGGAGGAGGAGGAGGAGGACGAGGAAGAGGAAGAGGACAUGGAUGACAUGGAGUAUGAUGGAGUUUGUGAUGCUACUUGCAUCGAUGAGCAUGGGGAGGAAGAUGAGGAGGGACACGACAUUGAUGGGGAGACCAACUACUUCCCACACUCAUCUGCUCCACUUUCUGCCCCGCCUGCCUUGUUUCAUCUAAUUGAGCCCAACACUGCACUGGCCAGAUUCACUCAGCCUGUGGAUUACCGCUUUGCACUGACAGCAGCAGAGAGACAGCACCAGCUGUUUUUGAAGGGCCUGGACUUCCUCCAUAGGCGGUUUGGAUGCUUCCAUGUAGCAUCCCCUAUGCUGUACAGGAGGAAAACUGUCUGA